AUGUCGCUCACGAACGUCGCAGAAUUACGCCUAAAAACCGCAGAAAAUCGAGCGAAAAUUGGCGAGAAAAAAGUCAAAACACCUGUUGAUCUUUUCGAUGCAAAAUCUUAUUGUGAGAAGCAAAAGCAGAAGUACAUCGCAUCGGUGUUGGGCAAGCCGGAGCACCCAUCCUUAUCGAAUGUCAAGAUGCCGGGACAACUGGGCAUUGAACGAAUUAGACAACAAAUGAGAGAUUCGAGGGAUCCGGACUUGCAGAAAAUUCUUUUCAUCGAGCGCAAAGAAAUGGAAUCAAGGAAGAUAAAAACGGAAAAGAAAGAGCCUGGCCUUGACGUUCAAGUCACUACUGUCACUCCUGUCUAUCAUUUCUGA